GCGAACAUGGCUGAAAGCAGCCGGGGCGGUCCAACGUGCCGCGGUGUGGACCCUGGGCAGGACACGGUCUCCAGCAGUGGAAACUGCAACUUUCCAGAGUACGAGCUUCCAGAGCUAAACACGCGCGCUUUCCAUGUGGGCGCCUUCGGGGAGCUGUGGCGUGGCCGGUUGCGCGGGGAAGGGGACUUGUCGCUGAAGGAGCCACAGGCAUCCGCAUUGCCUGGGAGCCAAGGGGUCACCGACUGGGGCCAGGAGGAUGCUGCGGUGGCCGGGGAUCUGGGCUGCAGCCUGGAGGCAGCAGCCGAGCUGCGGACGGUGUGCGGCCUUGAUAAACUGAAGUGCCUUGAGGAGGGUGCGGAUCCCGAAGUCAUCCCGGAGAAUACAGACCUAGUGACUUUAGGGAUUAGAAAAAGGCUUCUGGAACAGCGAGAAGAAACUAUAACAAUAGACCGGGUUUGCAGACAAGAAACAUUUGCUUAUGAGAUGGAGUCACAUGCCAUAGGAAAAAAGCCUGAAAAUCCAGCAGACAUGAUUGAAGAAGGGGAGCUUAUCCUAUCUGUGAAUAUCUUAUACCCUGUUAUAUUUCAUAAGCACAAAGAACACAAGCCAUACCAGACGAUGCUGGUAUUGGGCAGUCAGAAGCUCACAGAACUGAGGGAUUCAAUUUGCUGUGUCAGUGACCUCCAGAUUGGUGGGGAAUUCAGCAACACUCCUGAUCAAGCUCCUGAGCACAUAAGCAAAGACCUGUACAAAUCAGCCUUCUUUUAUUUCGAAGGGACAUUUUACAAUGAUAAAAGAUACCCGGAGUGCAGAGAUUUAAGCAGAACUAUCAUUGAAUGGUCGGAGUCCCAUGACAGAGGCUAUGGAAAAUUUCAGACUGCCAAAAUGGAAGAUUUCACCUUCAAUGACCUGUUUAUUAAACUGGGUUUUCCUUACUUAUAUUGUCACCAGGGAGACUGUGAACAUGUUAUUGUCAUCGCUGACAUAAGGCUCGCACAUUGUGAUGACUGCUUGGACAGGACACUUUAUCCCCUUCUUAUCAAGAAACAUUGGCUGUGGACCAGAAAAUGUUUUGUUUGUAAAACGUACACAGCCAGAUGGGUGACGAACAAUGACAGUUUUGCACCAGAGGACCCAUGUUUCUUUUGUGAUGUUUGCUUUCGGAUGCUCCACUAUGAUUCAGAAGGCAACAAACUAGGAGAAUUCCUUGCUUAUCCUUACGUUGAUCCUGGAACCUUUAAUUAAUAACAACAAAAAAUGUACCUGUGAAGUAACUAUCCUCUUGGAUGAUUACUUUAUUUCCAGAACGUGCUACUGAAGAUCAGGACCCACCUGAAAUACUCAGCUAGUUACCCACAUCCCUGCAAAAGUUCACAUCACAGGUUUUUUUUUUUU